GCUUGUUGUUUCGGAGCGGUUCUUCAAGAGCAUGCACGAACACCACCGCGCCUGCCCCGGCAGCAUGGAGACCACCGACCAUGCCUGGGAGUAUGGCCUGCAGAUCCAGAACGAGAACACCCGCCUCGGGGAGGAGGUCAAGCAGCUCAAGGACGACCGGACCCGCCUCGAAAACGACCUAGCCGACAAGGCCAAAGAAUCCGAGGCCAAAGAGCAAGAAGCCGCGACUCUGAAGCGUCGCAACGAUGAGCUCACCAGGCAUCGCGACGAGCUCAAAGCCAAGCUCGACCAGGAGACCAAGGACGCCGCCGACAUCCGCACCAACCUGGACACUGCGUACGCCGAUCUCCAGCACAGGAUCGAUGAGCAUAACAAGCUGCGCAAGCAGAAAGACGACACCGACGCCGACUUACUUGACGCGAAACUACAGCUCCAAGAUGCGCUCGAACACUACCAGCACUCUCAGGCGCGCAUUGAGGAGCUUGAGUCGCAGAAGUCCGCCAUCGAAGCGCUCGAGCGCGAGACUGCGACGCUCCAGGCCGACAUGGACGGUAUGCAAGAGAAGCUCAACGAUCACGAUCGCACCGUCCUCGUCAAAGACGCCCGCAUCGCAUACCUUGAGACCCAAGUCCAGAAGGCCCUCGAAGCAGCAGCUCGUGCCCAGGACGAACAGAACAAAGCAGAUGCCGCCGUCGACCCCACCACUGCAGAGCCGACCUCCGUCACCACCGGUGGGAGCCUAGAGGACGAGCUCAACGAUAUCGACGAGGAACUUGACACCGAAGCCGCAUCUCAGCUUGACUUCAGCCUCGAACUCGUCGCCGCUUUCACUGCUGUUGAGAUUGCGCCUGUCGAUGAGUCCACUACGACUUCUUCAACACAGACAGCUGUGUCGUCUGCUCAAGGCGUUACGUCCUUCACCCAGACAGACGUCUCUACAGCCGGCGAGAUCAUCCCCGUCGAGCCCUCAGCGACGCUGUCGGAAUCCGACAUUCGCGUACUUUGGAAGUCCAGGAUCGAGCCCGCACUUAGGAACCUAUCUACGCCUUCCUCAAGCAGUAUCGACUUGCGCUUCAUCAUCGAGGCUGUGCAAGAUCUGACAGGUUCCGCGCUCACGACAACAUCCACCCAAACAGAGGCAGUUGAAGAGAAGGAACCACAGCUCAGCUUCUCCCUCGAGACGGUCACUCACAUUGCGCCGGCCGCAUUUUCGCUCGAAUCAUCCGCGACGCAGACAGAAGCUCCGAAGCUGGCGCACGCCGGUACCUCUACUUUCUUCGAUCAGCCGCCAGUCGUUUACGAAGAGCGGCACACACAGACUGACACUCCGGAACCUGUCGUUCACGAAGAGCGUCACACCCAGACGGACACUCCGCAGCUUACGCAGACCGGCACCUCCACUGUCCUCGACCAGCCGCCUGUCUUCCAAGAAGACCGCCACACACAGACCGACAUACAGGCUCCGCCGACGGGUGUCUACGCUCCCAAGAAGCGCAGUUUCUUCAGCCUCUCUACGGCACUCGCCAUCUUCUUUGCUCUACUAGCCAUCCUCUACUACACUGAGCUUGAGUCAUGGAAGAACAGCAGCAACCGCGCUGGCGUCAACCGUCUGUACAACUCUAUGGGUUACCAGCGUCGCGGUCGGCACCUUUUCGGAACCAUCCCAGUCUGCUAUGAGCGGGGAGAGACGUGGCUGACCGAGGCCCUCUGCCAGCAAUUCGCAGCCGGCAUUCAGAAGAUCGAGGCCCAGAUCGGUAUCGAGUACCCUUCGCGCUGGUAGUAACGGCGCAAGACCCCUCUGCCGUGCGUUCUCCCAAGGCAGACCGCACAAAGGCGGCCACUCUGGCGUUUUAUCCUACGAAAGCAUGGCGUUUUUCUUUACCAAACUCAGAUUUCGGCGUUUAUGGUAUGGCCUGGGCGCUUUGUUACGAUACCCCAGAUACCCACUUUUCUCUUUCACGAUUACAUGCCUUUUCCGAUACCCUACCUGUUGUCCUUUGAAGGCCUCGCGACUGGCAUUGCAAAGCUACCUGCUUCCUGGUCACGGCGUUGGAUGGACAACCUUUACUUUUUCUGAUGGAGGAUAGUCCCUGUGGACCUCCGCAGCCACUGUCAUUGUCUUUUCAAUGGCUCUGUUUUGUUUCUGAUGUAUCGUCUCUACAUAGAACCCUUGGCUGCUUAUUCCGCCUGGGCGUCCCUCUGGGACUGAAGUUCAAUGCAAG